AUGUCCUUCAACACCAGCCCGAUCCGCGGGAGAAAAGGGUUGACCCUGGCUCCCGGGACACCGACCCGCCGGUCGAUGACCACAACGCCUACCAAGUCGCCGCGUCUGCACCUAGAUAGCAUGACGGCCGGCCAGACGCUGAAUUCUGCUUUUGGCUCUGCGCCAAAUUCGGCCUUUGGCAUCUCCUCAAGCUUGCAUGCCUCCCCCAUUCUGAGUCCGGAUGCAUCCGUCACCUAUAGCAGCUCCCUGGUGCCUUCGCCGGAACCUCUCCGCGGUCGUGAGCUUGAGCCUGUCGGCGGACCGUCCUUCCAGCUGCCGGAGUCUGUACUAUCCCACAGGCUGAGCGCGACAUCACUUCAAUAUGUACCAUCCUCUCGAACACAGCCAGGGGCCGCCCUGCACGAAGCUAUGAAGCAAAAUUCUAGCAUCAUCCGGCGGCUAUCCAACAAGGCCUCCAAGGCCAUUACACGACGCCGCACGUCGUCUGCUCACCCGAACAGCCGAGACGUGAGCGUGGGCCCGGGCAUCUUGCGCAGGCGAAGCGACAGCAACAACACUGCGCUGACGAGCGACAUCUUGGAGCGGCCAGCCUUUGACACCGAUUCCGAGGGCGACACCGACGAGCGAGACGACGGAGAAAGCAUCUCCGUGUCUACUUUCGACAACAACGGGGCCACCGCCGACAGCUCGCCCACGACAAACACUGCCUCUUCUUUGAGCGGUUCGGCCUGCCCGUCCUUGAUGUCACCUUCCGAAGUCGGCGGCCCUGUGAUCCCCCUGGCUCUCCUCAACGGAGUUCCGAUCACCGGAGUUCCGAUCACCAAAGUUUCAAAGAAGAAAAACAGCAAGCGCCUUGUCUUGGCAUUGGAUGCCGAGUCUGGCAAAAUCACUUGGGACAGGAACCGGCCGUCCAAGUGCAUCUAUAUUGACGACAUCAAGGAAAUCCGCACCGCAGAGGACAUCCGCCAGUACCGACUUGACUGCGGCAUCUCGGCGGCGGACGAGCCUCGCUUCUUCUCUAUCCUGUACACCGUUCCUGACACGACGCAGACAAAGCUCAUGCACCUCAUCGCCGACAGCGACGCUAACUUUAUCAACUGGACCACCACGCUCAACGCAAUCUACCGUCACCGCCAAGACUCGAUGGCGGCGCUCAUGUCUUUUAGCGACCAUGCCAUCCGCGCGUACUGGGACCGGGAGAUGGGCAAGCUGUCUAUGGACAAGCCCAGCAGCCCCGUCUCUUCGGACGGUUGCCUGAUCGACCUUUCUGACAUUGAGCGUAUGUGUCGCAACAUCCAUAUCCACGUUCCGCAGGAGGUCCUUCGGGCCAAGUUUGCCGAGGCAGACGUGUUUCGAACAGGGCUUUUGAACUUUUCUGGUUUCCAUGAGUUUGUCCGCCUGAUGCGGAAGCGGGAAGACAUUAUCGCUCUCUACCGGGCGAUCGCAUCCAACAACCAUCUGGGCAUCACGCAGGACGAGUUUUUCGACUUUCUUCGUAACACGCAGGGAGAGAACGUGGACGAUGAGCGUGCCUCCUGGGAAGCUGUGUUCACCUACUUCGCUCGCCGUCCUAAGCCGAAUGACGCGAUCGACAUCAUGGACGACUCGCCACGGAUUUCUCAGACGGGUCUCUCGAAUUAUCUCACAUCGUCUUAUAACGUUGUAUUCAUGAAGGAGCCGCUGGAUUACAAGUUUGACCGGCCCAUGAACGAAUAUUUCAUCUCCAGCUCCCACAACACCUACCUGACAGGCCGCCAACUGGCCGGCACGUCAAGCGUAGAAGGCUACAUCUCUGCUCUAUCGCGCGGUUGCCGCUGCGUUGAGAUCGACUGCUGGGAUGGUCCAGAGGGCCAGCCCAUUGUCGUGCACGGAAAGACGCUGACAUCCAGCAUCUCGUUCCGGGAGGCGAUCAAUGCCAUUAACAAAUAUGCUUUCCUCAAGUCCAACUUUCCCCUGUGGAUCUCACUCGAGGUACACUGCAACCCGGAGCAGCAGAGAAUCAUGGCAAAGAUUAUGCGCGAGGUGUUCGGCUCGAAGCUGGUCACCGAGCCGCUCCCGUCGGCCACGAACAGGCUUCCGUCCCCGUCGGAGCUCCAGGGUCGCAUCCUGGUGAAGACCAAAAAGACGCAACAGGCUGCACAGCUGCCACAGCAGCCGACAAGCGAAGUGGCUGCAGCAGGCAAGGCCAGCGGCGAGUUCCGCGGCAGGCGACGGGGCAACAGCCUCCCCACGCCCUUUAUGAGGCCGAUGAACGUCGACAUCGGGGUGCAUGGUAGCGGCUUUCUUCCGGCGGCACAGCCGUCGCCGCUGUCGCGCUCGGGACAGUCCAGCCCCGUGUUGAGCCCCGGACCGAUGAGCCCGCUGCCUCGGAAGCUGAGCAUCUCCAAGGCUCGGGUCAACACGAUCACCGAGGGCGAGGUGCACCAGGAUGUGCACAGCAACAGCACGAGCGACUGCGAGAGCGGCAGCGAGAAGGCAGUCAAGUUCAAGCAGAGCAAGAUCGUGCCGGAGCUGGGCUGCCUGGCGGUGUACUGCGUGGGUGUGCACAAGGCGACGCCGUUUGACGACGCGGAGUGCAAGACGUUCAACCACAUUCUAUCGUGGGACGAAUCUGUGUACGACAAGCAGACGAAGUCGCGCGAGCAGCGGAGGGCGGUGCACUGGCACAACAUGCGGUACCUGAUGCGGGUGUAUCCCAAGCCGUAUCGGAUCGGGUCGUCGAAUUUCAGCCCCCUGGCGCACUGGCGGCGCGGCGUGCAGAUGGCGGCGCUCAACUGGCAAACGUACGACCUGGGGAUGCAGCUCAACACGGCCAUGUUCACGGGUAGCACGGACCAGUCGGGCUACGUGCUGAAGCCGCGGGAGUGCCGGGAGUUCCAGGUGGUGCCGAAUCUUCCGGGGGAGAGCAAGCCGCGGGAGCUGAAGCGGGAGCGCAAGAACGUCAACUUCAGCAUCGGAGUGAUCUCGGCGCAGCAGCUGAUGCGGCCGGUGACGUUUGCGGAUAAGCGCACGCUCGAUCCGUACGUCGAGGUGGAAGUGUUUCUGGCCGACGACAAGCGGGACUCGGACGAGCGGAGGACGGUGACGGAUGAAUGCACGUCUUACCCUCUGUUGUACCGGACCAGAAUCGUCCCGGAGAACGGGUUCAACCCGGUGUUUGACCAGAAGUUCAACUUCAGCUUCACGACCAAAUUCCCCGACCUCGUGUUUGUGCGGCUGAGCGUGAAGCUGGCCGAGAACGGGCGGUACAGCAGCAGCGUCAACGCGACGGCAAGCUUUACGGCCAAGCUGAGCAACCUCAAGCAGGGCUACCGGUCGAUUCCGUUGGUGGACGUCAAUGCAGACCGCUACAUGUUCUCGACGCUGCUGUGCGAGAUCCGCAAAGAGCCGAUCACGAGCGUGUUUGUUCCCUGUGCCACGGACAUGCCAGAGAACACGCCCAAGUUCAAGAGCAUCCGCACGGUCUUCAACCGGAGCGCCAACAUGAGCCCCAAGUCCAGCCUGGACAGCGGCCAUUCGUGA